AUGUCGCGCGCUUCAUCUCCCGCCAGAUCGGCAGGCGCGCAGGAGCUACCAGAAGAUGACAACAUUGAUAUAGAGCAAUUAAUCGCACUGAUGCACAAGAAUGCUCUAUGGGACAAAUUUGACCCAAAGUACCACGACAGAAUAUUGAAAGCGAGAUUGUGGGAGGAAAUAUAUCAACAGAUAUAUUUUACUUGGGAACAAUAUAGUGUUGGUGAAAGAAAGCAAAAAGGUAAGUAA